CUUGUUUUUGCAUUAUCUCAAUCCACCCAUCGAUCGCAAACCAUUCGUUUUCUGUUCUUCAUGGUUGUCUAUCACAAUAUUCAAAACACUCAUCGCCCCACAAACUCGUCCCUGACCCUUGUGAUCAAAGUGGGCACGUCGUCUAUUUGUGACGAAACCACGCAUUAUCCUCUGCUGGGCAAUCUGUCACGGAUUGUGGAAACGAUCUUGCAACUUAAACGACUGGGCCAUCGAGUCGUUCUGGUUACUAGUGCUGCCGUCGGUACAGGACUAAGACGAUUGAACAUGACAGAAAAACCCAAAAAGUUGGCAUCAGUCCAGGCCAUUGCUGCGGUCGGUCAAGGAAGAUUGAUGAGCAUGUAUGACGAUUUAUUUGGUCAAUUCAACCAACCAGUGGCGCAGAUUCUACUCACCCGCAAUGAUUUGGCCAACCGGUCGCAAUAUCUGAAUGCUGUCAAUUGUCUGGAAGAACUCUUUAACAUGGGCGUGGUGCCGAUUGUGAAUGAAAAUGAUACAAUUUCCGUCUCGAUCAAAUUUGGUGAUAAUGAUACGUUGUCGGCGAUUACGGCGGGGAUGGUGAAAGCCGAUUAUCUGUUCCUGAUGACGGACGUGGAUUGUUUGUAUACGGAUAAUCCACGGACAAACCCCAAGGCUCGUCCCGUGUUGCAAUGCGACGACAUUGCUCGUUUGCGAAAAGAAGUGACGGUGACCUCGCCGGGGUCGGCCUUGGGCACCGGUGGCAUGAUUACCAAACUGGUGGCGGCCGAUUUGGCGACAGCAGCAGGAGUGACAACGAUUAUUGCACGCGGAUCCACUCCCGAGAAUAUCAUGGCGGUCAUUGCCCCGGAUAACACGCACAAGGUACCUCUUCACACGCGAUUCUUGGCCAAACCGCAACCACUUAUGGACCGACAAUGGUGGAUCCUUCACGGUCUUCACACGGCCGGCACCGUGUACAUUGAACCGAAUGUGGGCGAAGCUUUAGCGGAACAGGGUCGACAGCAUCACGACAAUGCCGCUUCACUGUAUGCGCAUGCAGUGAGCAAGGUGGAAGGCAGCUUUGUGGAACAUCAAGCGGUCCGUUUGGUGGUGUGUCAAGAAGACGAGAAAGAUGGUGUGGAAAAUCUUCAAACGAUUGCCAAGGGGAUCGUCAAUUAUUCAAGUGCGGAAAUCAUACGAAUGCUGCGCGCCAAAGAAAGUAACAUUAUCCCGUCGCUGGGUUACAAGGAUGCCGAUUGUAUUAUUCAUCGCGAUAACAUGGCUAUUUCCAUUUAACCAUUCUUAUUUCCCCUCCCCCUGCCCCUCCUACCCUUGUUUCUCCCCUGUUUUUUUCUACAUUCUUAUUCACAUACUGAUUCAUUGGGCUCUUUUUUAUAUUUUUUUCUAUAUAGCGUAUAUGGGUAUUAGAAGAAAUUGUUUCAAUUGCGGUUGACAUGGAAGAGAAACAAUCUGUCAUCCAUGAUGUUUCUAUUAUGUUAGUUUGUUGCUAUUAUAUCUAGUUCUAUUCUUUUUAUU